ACUUUCAACGCGGACGUGCAUUCCAGCAUCCAGUGGAACUUCAAGCCCCAGCAGAGCGAAAUCUACGUGGUACCAGGAGAGACCGCACUGGCAUUUUAUAAAGCGAAAAAUCCUACGGACAAACCAAUAAUUGGAAUCUCUACCUACAACGUGAUACCCUUUGAAGCAGGACAGUAUUUCAAUAAAAUACAAUGUUUUUGUUUUGAAGAACAGCGGCUAAAUCCUCAAGAGGAAGUGGACAUGCCUGUCUUUUUCUACAUUGAUCCAGAAUUUGUAGAGGACCCUAAAAUGGCUAAAGUUGAUUUGAUCACCCUCUCUUACACCUUUUUUGAAGCAAAGGAAGGACAGAAGUUACCGCUUCCCGGAUAUCAGUAA